AUAAUGGUCCGCGAAUUCAGUACAAUAAUUAUUUUCCAAACAAUAUUUUCAAUUUUCAUCGCUCUCGCAUUCAAACCGCCGACAAAGGAAGAACAAAUGGAUAAAUAUAACAAAAUGAAUCAGGAAGUGGAACCUUUUAGGAAGAAUUUAACAGAGUGCGCGCGUGAAGUCAAAGCGUCUAUGGUGGACGUCGAGAAUUUCCUAAAAAGAAUCCCACAGUCGACAAUGCAAGGCAAAUGCUUCGUCGCUUGCAUACUAAAACGAAAUAAUAUAAUAAAGAAAAACAAAAUAUCAGAGGAGAAUCUUCUAGAAGUUAACAGAGCAGUUUACGGUGAUGAUGAGGAAGUUAUGUUUCGAUUAAAAUCCGCGAUAGAAGAGUGUUACAGGGCUGUGGAUAUGAUUUUUGAAAUUUGCGACUAUGCGUCAGUUUUUAAUGAUUGCAUGCAUCUGAAAAUGGAACAUAUUCUAGACAAGGUUACCAUGGAGAGACGAAUGGAAGCAUUGGGUCAGAUGACCUCUGACCCCGAUGUGUGGACUGACGACGAGGACGAAAUUUUGAAAUUGGUGAAAGACGAAUUAUAAUCGGCUAGCUUUUAGGUUUUAAGGAUGAUCUAUGCUAGAAAGUGGAGGAAUCGAACCGUUCUUCGUACGAGAUAUUAUUGUAGGCCUUGCCUCGUAUAAAGCACGGACGCCAGGUGGUGUAGCAUUAACUGAAAUUCUUCGAAUCCGUGACUUUCCGUAAGAUGGAGAGUCACUCCUACUGUAGGAGUGACUCUCCAUCUCCAUUUAUCCAUCUUAGGGUACAGCUCGUCUAGCAAAGAUAUUUAUCCUUAAGUAUUUUGUACGAAUAAAGAACAUACAGAAACCCUAAUAUUGAAGCAUUAAAAACCACUCCACUUUAGAUUGGUUUCUCAAACCAACGGAUAGUCAUACUUCAUCAUAGUUAUUAUUUAGAAGUAGAGAGCAAUUAAUUAACCUCUAAUGAUCUCCAUAUAAAAUGGGAA